AUGAAGGAGCGUUCCAUCAAGAACGCCGAUGACCUUGAGGCUGUUUCUUACGCAGAGCUCAGGACAUUUGUCGAGAACGACGACGGAGCUCAGAAGGCGACCGGUGAUGACGAAAUCAACUCGGCAGGUCGGUGCGGAGAGACGGCGACCCAACCCCAGAAGAGCAACACGGCCGAAUGCACUACGGAGAACGUGGCGCCUGUGAUGGCGGAUGGUGGAAGUGACCGUCAGCGCCAGGCUGUCAACGGGACCGGCGACCUGAUGCAGAAGGCGAACCUUCACGACGUUGUGGCGGGCGCGGCCGGGAUCGACGUGGAUAAUCAGGAGACGCUCCCUUGGGGAUGUGAUGGUGGCGAGGACACAGUGAACUUGAUUGAGCUAGCAGAGUGUGAGGCGUUCGCGGCCGAUCUUGCCAAGGAGUACGAGUACCGUGAAGCACAGGCGGAAGCAAAGGGAGCGGAGCAAGGAGCGAACGUACAGCCCGGUGGUGAGAAGGAAGG